AUGUCAGCUCAGCCCAGUAUAGCAGAAUGCGACCGCAUCAUGACCUCCCCAGGAUCUAUUUUGGAGAUGGAAGAACAAGUGAUACAUGGGAGGAAAGUGAGGGUAUGGAAACAUCUUCCACCGACAUUCCGUCAAUUCCUCUUACACACUUUACACACCUAUUCAUCCCGACAAUUCCUCUCAUCGCCAUUACCGAUACCCAAGUCGACCAGUCAAGCUUCCCUAUCUACUGAGCUGAACCAACUUGAUCCAAGGGAAAAUGUAACAUUCGGUCAAGUACUGGAAAAGAGCUUGAGACUUGCUUCAUGGAUGAGAAAAAGAGGGUUAGGAGUAGGUAGUAGAAUUAUGAUUGGCGGAAGGAAUUGCACAGGUUUCAUCGUCGCUUUUGUGGCCACUCAUUUGAUAGGCGGUGUAGCCAUCUUUCUGAAUGCUUGGUUAUCUCGAGAGCAACUAAUUUGGUCAAUUCGAACGACUGAACCAUCUCUUGUUCUUCUAGAUGAAGAAAGAGCAGAGAUUUUAGGCCCUUAUCAUCAUGUAAAAGAAACUGGAUUACCUGAUAUGUACUGCUGGUCCGAAUCAUCACACCUCCCUACACUUCUCGAGAUCUUCGAUACUCCAACGGACGUUAAUGCGAUCCUGAGAGGAGAAGGGUUGGAAGCUCUGGGUCCAGAAAGUGAUGCUGUGGUCUUUUUCUCUUCGGGGACGAGCGGAUUCCCAAAAGCCGUCCUGAGUACACAGCGGAUGGCUUUGACUAAUCUCUGGUCAGGUCUAGUCGCACCAACACGAGCAGCACUAAGAGCAGGUAUCCCUCCACCUCCACUACCUAAACCUACUGAUCCACAAAGGACGCUCUUACUGGCUAUUCCACUAUUCCACGUAACAGGAUGCCUGUCGUGGCUGAUGAGGGCUUUCUUCGCUGGAUCGAAGAUGGUCUUGAUGAGAAGGUGGAAUACGGCAGAAGCUGUCAACUUAAUCGUUGACGAGAAUGUAAGGAUUAUCGGAGGAGUUCCGGCAGUCAUAUCGUCGAUUAUACAGUCACCUUUACUUCCCACUUCGCAGACUUUCGACACAGUAUUUUACGGAGGGGCACCACCAAGUUCACAUAUGCCCAAGGAAGUAAAGACCAAAUGGCCCAAAGCAGGCUUGGUACAAGGGUAUGGAUUGACUGAGACCAACGCUUAUGUCUGUUCAGUCGCCGGAGCAGAUUAUCUAGAUCGUCCUGACAGCACUGGACCUCCUGUACCUAUUUGCGAUUUACGGAUCACUGAUCCCGAUACUAAGAGACCAUUACCUACGGGAGAAGUAGGAUUGAUACUCGUUAACGGACCUCAGGUAAUGAAAUGUUAUCUAGGCGACGAGGUGGCUACCACAAAAGCGGUCGACAAACAAGGAUGGUUAGAUACGGGAGAUGUAGGCUAUGUAGAUCAAGAUGGGUUCCUUUAUAUCAAAGAUCGAAUAAAAGACAUAAUCAUCCGAGGAGGGGAAAACAUCCCAUCGUCAGAUAUCGAAAAUGCAUUGUACGCCUUACCAUAUAUAUCAGAAGUGGCAGCUGUGCCACUCCCACAUCCAAUCUUAGGUGAAGUAGUCGGAGCUAUCGUAUCUCUAAGACCUGGAACCAAGAAGACCAUCAAUGAAAAGAGUAUAUUGGAUGAAGUGAAAUCUAGAAAAUCAUUACCAAGGUUCGCGAUCCCGGAGAUGGUCAUGAUUCACCUAGGGGAAUUACCUAAGAACGUUAAUGGUAAAAUACUGAAAAAGGAUUUGAAAUUAUUAAUGGCAAAACAAUGGAAGAAAAGACAAGAAGGUGUUCUUGAUAGUACAGCUAUCAAAGCGAAACUGUGA